AAAUACUCCAUAAAGAGAUAACAUACAAAUCGAUUGCUCUUGGAUGCUCUGUGACGUAUGCGAGUGACCGCACGAUAUUUCACCUGCUUAGCGUAAAACUGACGCAGCAAGAGAACGGGUCCAGCAAUUUUGCAACGGAAUAACAACAUAAAGACCAACCCAAAGUUUAAGCAUUAUCAUAGUUUCAUUUGGAAAUUCUAGCUCGAGUUGAACUACGAUGGCGAAUUUAAAACAAAAAGACUUCGAUGCCAAAGAGGAUUACCCCAACUUCCAGGGUCACCACAGUCUUCUAUCAAAAUAUCUGACAGAGGCCACGUACUGCAAACUGCGUGAUCAGGAGACACCGUCGGGCUAUACUUUGGACAAGGCCAUCCAAAAUGGCGUUGAUAAUUCAGAUUUCCAUUUGGGACUUUUGGCAGGAGAUGAAGAGACUUACUCUGUAUUCGCAGAAUUGUUCGAUCCAGUUAUUGAGGAGUAUCACAAUGGUUUCAAGAAAACAGACAAUCACGUGACAGAUUUGUCUCCAGAGAAAGUAAGUGAUGAUAUUUUGGAUCCUGAUUACGUCAUUAGCUCCCGUAUACGAACCGGUCGAAACAUCAGAGGUUUCGCGCUGUCUCCUCAUGUUGCUCGAUCUGAAAGGCGACAAAUUGAAAAGCUUGUUUCAGAAGCUCUGUGUUCACUUGGUGAUGAACUCACUGGAAAAUAUUACUCACUUCUAACAUUGGCACCAGAAGAUCAGCAACAGCUCAUUGAUGAUCAUUUUCUAUUUGAGAAACCAAUUUCGCGCCAUUUCACAAGUGGUGGAAUGGCACGUGACUUUCCUGAUGGUCGUGGAAUAUGGCACAACGACGAGAAGAAUUUCUUGGUGUGGAUUAACGAGGAGGAUCAUACACGUAUCAUUUCGAUGGAGAAAGGAGGCAAUAUGAAGGCUGUCUUCGAACGUUUCUGCAAGGGACUGAAAGAAGUGGAGAAACACAUUCAAGAUAAUGGCAAAGAAUUCAUGUGGAACGAGCACCUAGGGUUCAUAUUGACAUGCCCCUCGAAUCUCGGCACUGGGGUGAGGUGUAGUGUGCACGCAAAGCUGCCAUGCAUGGCCAAGGAUCCUCGCUUUGGUCCAAUCUGCACCAGUCUGCGACUACAGAAACGAGGGACAAGUGGAGAAUUCACCGAGUCAAUUGGAGGAGUUUACGACAUUUCCAAUCUCGAUCGGCUCGGUUCGUCGGAGGUUGAGCAAGUGCAACGCGUCAUCGACGGCGUCAAACUGCUCAUUGAGAUGGAGAAGAAACUCGAAAAAGGAGAGUCCAUCGAUGAUCUAGUUCCAAAAGGAACCGAGGAAGCAGCCUCCAAGGAAUCUAAGAAAGCAGCAGCUGCAGCAACUGCAAAAGAAGGCCCACCAAAGGCAACAGACGACAAACCCGCACAACAGAACUCUGACAAUAAACCUCAAAAGAAAAAGUCCUCCACAUGCUCUCUACUGUAAGCACGAUCAAAAUCAAAACGAGCUUUUCUUCUGAUGUAUUCUUCGUUGUUUUCCCGGAUAGCACAAUUAACGGUACCAUCGAAGAAGACCAAUGCCGAUGGCUGUGCAUCUUACUAUCUAUGCGCUUCAGCACGCAAUAAGCCUAUGUUCACGUACAUUAGGGCCUACUUAUAUUCUGUAGGAUAUUUUUUAGUUUCCUUCAUUUUGUGGGCAUUAGGAGAAGGGAUUGGGUUAAAUGAAUGGAGGAAUGGACAUGGAUAUAUAUAUAUA